CACCUUUUAAUUGCGCACGCGCAUUAUGCAGUCUGUCGAGUUGGUCUUCGCCACGUGCGGUCAAUUAGAGUUUAUGCGUUAUACAUAGUAGUGAGAAAUCUACAGGAUGAACCGCACCUUUUCACCAUCACUGGUUAGGCCGACCCUGCCGUUGAGAAGACCUGCAUCAAGUCCAGGUUUAUUGACCCCAGGCAGCCAGACCCCACUGACUAACAACCAGGUCACCUGCUUACCUCAAGAACAGUCCAUCAGCCUGCCUGGCAGCCCUGAUGCCCUCAAAGCGGAAGGUAGCAGAAACGAGAAAGAGGCUCUUAGCGUUUCACAGAGAGCCGGACUAAUGUCUGCUUCAGUAACAGUGAACCUGUGUAAUUACUGCAGUAAUCAAGGUAUUUUUAGGUGCACACGCUGCAAAAAGACUUGCUACUGUUCGGUUAGUUGUCAGACAGAGGACUGGAAGGCCCACCGCCACAUUUGUAAACGAAGUGUUUCAGAAAAUGAUGCAAGUGAUAAACCAAAGGAGUCCUCACUGCAACCUUCUGGAGAUGGCGCUAGUGGUGUAGAAUCCAAUCUGAACAUCAGCAAUGUAGCUGAACCAAAAAGAUUAUUCCUGCAAGAUUUACGCAAGAAUAACCUUAAAGAAGGAGACAAAGUUCAGGCAUCCAUAGUGGAAAUGAGGACCCCUGGCAAGUUUUUUAUUCAAAUCCAGUCUGUGGAGAUGUCUGAGACACUGAACAACAUCAGUCUAAGCCUACAGAAGGCCUACAGUGGUUCACCUGCAUCUGUAUACAAGCCUGAAAUUGGGGAACUUUGUGCUGUGCAAUUCUCUUUUGAUCAGAAUUGGUAUCGAGGAGUAAUUGAGUCUGUUGAUUUGGUUCACCACACUGCAAAAGUGUGCUACAUAGACUUUGGAAAUGAAGAAGAUGUCAAAUUUGACCAGAUUCAAGCACUGUCAACAAAAAUUGAUGUGGCACCACCAUGUGCUCUACAAUGUUGUAUUGCUGGGGUAACUGCACUCUCAAGCAGUUGGACAGGAGAAUGCUGCAUUGCCCUGAGGCAGCUGGUUGCUGAAAAGAUCCUGACUUUUACUGUGAUGGAUGUCCUGAAGGAUAGCACUGUGUUUGCUGUAGAUGCACCUCUGUCCACACUUGGUAAGAAUCUUGGUACAUUCCUAAUUGAGCAGGGCUAUGCAGUGGAGAACACUUCUACAAAACCUCAUGUCAAGCAAGAUGUUGAUUCUUUAAUGACUGCAUCAUUUGAAAACUUCAAGCGUUUGUCUGAUGGGAAAAAUGAGAAUACUGAAGCUCAGCCACCAGAGCCCAUGAGCCAAGGAGUGGGAGAUACCUUCACAGCUAUAGUCACCCAUCUUCAGUCUCCUUUGGAGAUCAUCUGCCAAAAGCUAGAAAAUGCCAGUGUUAUUCAGCAGCUACAAAAAAAUUUGAGAGAGCACUGUACCAAGUCUCAGGCCAGUGAGAACUUCCGACCUGCUCCUGGAACUGUCUGCUGUUCCCUUUUCUCAGAGGAUAAUCAGUGGUAUAGGGCUAAAGUUCUGGCAUAUUCAUCUGAGGAUCGUGUGUGUGUGGGUUACAUAGACUUUGGGAACUCAGAAGAGGUGUUGUUGAAUCAGUUGCGUCCUAUCAGUGUGGAACUGUUGGCUUUGGCUACUCAGGCAAUCCCAUGUUCCCUGUCAGGUAUUAAACCUACUUCAGAGGAGUGGUCAGAGGAGGCAAUAGUUACACUAAAAAAAUUGGUAUGUAACCGCUUCCUCCGUGUCGAGAUUCUUGGAGAGCGAGAUGGAACUGCUUUGGUCUCAAUGGUUGAUGAGUCCAGUGAUCCUCAGACUAAUGUAGCUGAGCUGCUGGUUGCUACAGGCCUUGCUGCUACUGGAAAUGUAGAAACAAACAAAGAGCAAGCAGUUAAAAACCCUGAUUCUUGUCUCAGUCAAGACAGUCCUGUCGACAAAUUGGAGUGGUCUUGUGUAAAACUUUCUACUGAUGGCCAGAAGGUGGUGCUAGUUGUCAGUGUACUGGAAAAUCCUGGGUCGUUCUAUUGCUAUAAAUACAAUGUAUUAGACAUGAAGACCCUGGCAGACCUAUCCACUGCUCUGACGAAGCACUGUGAGGCUGACAGGACUCCUUUCACCCCUGCUGUUGGGGAACCCUGUUGUGCUCUUUUCAGUGAUGGGAGCUGGUAUAGGGGCAUUGUACAGAGUCUUGAGGGAGACGGAACUGCAAAAGUUUACUUUGCUGAUUAUGGGAACGUUUGUAAAGUACAGGCAGCCCACCUAAGAGCCAUCAAACCUAACUUUCUCAAAUAUCCUUUCCAGGCCAUUUGCUGUUGGCUUGCAGGACUUGAACCUGUGGGGGCAGAGUGGAGUAAGGAUGCAGUGCAAAAGUUUCAGACUCUAUGUGUUGGGAAGCAGCUUAUCGGCAGAGUAUUAUCAGUCACUGAGAAGGGUUAUGGAGUAGAGCUGGAGUCUAAUGGCUGCGACAUUGCUGCUGUACUUAUUGCAGAACAGUUUGCCAAAUUUUCACGACCGGAGCAUAAGCCUGAUGCACAAGCAGCCACAUUCACUGAACCGACAGAAGCAUCUCCUCAACUGGUGCCUGAUGCAGAUCACUCGGACACUAAGCAGCCAGCUAUGCCCACUAGGCAAAAACCAACUGCAGCACAGAUCAGCACAUUAAGUCAAUCUGCUUCAUUUCCUCUGGACUGGGAGACUGUGGAGUUGCCUCGUAGUGAGACUUUCCAGCCUAAGGUGGCAGCAGUGACCAGCCCAAAUCUCUUCUACGUGAUGAAUCCUAUAAAGGUGAACAUAGAGAAGUUACAGGUUGUUAUGACUGACUUGAUGAAGUAUUGCAGCAAGCAGACCCUCCCCAACCAGAGCAUGCCUUUACCUGGAGCAGCCUGUUGUGCUCAGUUUUCAGGUGACAAAAAUUGGUACAGAGCAGUUGUAUUGGAAGCUACCAGCACAUAUGCAAGUGUAAUUUAUGCAGACUAUGGGAACAUAGAGAAGGUUCCUGUUUCCAGCCUCCUGCCUAUCCCAAAAACAUUACUGAAGCACCCUUUUCAAAUUGCUAGAUGUGCUCUUUCAGGUAAAGAAAACUUUCCGACCGUGUGGCCUUCAGAGGUCCUGGAUCUUUUUGGUGUACAGCUGAAUAGCAAAGUCCUUGCCUCUGUAGAUAAUUUUGAUGGAACCUAUAACUUGUUAAAUGUUACCAAGCACUCGUCCCAAGGAGGCAGCAACAUCAACUCCAUUAUUUCAGGGGCACUGAAUAAAUCUUCUGGCGAGUCUAGCACUAAAACACUGACCCAAGACACACCGGUCCAGGGACCUGCGCAUACGCAUGCUGCAAGUAUGUCCAUGGCAUCAGCUCCUAAUUCACCAGCAGAUGCUGAGAAAUCCAAAUCCCCAAUUCUGGAAAAAGAAACUAUUAUGACCACAAUAUACAGCAUUGAAAAAGAUGGACCACAUUCCCCUCCAGCUUCAAGCGUUACCAAUAACGCAGCUCCCACUUCGUGCUGCUGUGUGGCCCUUGAACAGAAGAUUGCACAAAUUGAGAAGUUGCUUCUUCUGCUUGUGAAACAAAUGGGUGAAAAAGUACAAAAGUAGUUUGUGUACAUUUUCAGUGUUUCUAAACAGAUAAAGCUGUUUAGUUUGUUAAAGCAGCAGUUCAUAUUUUAAUACUGUACCUUAUCUACAGUAGUGUUUCUACGUGAGUCUGACUUACAUUAUCAGUGUAAAAUGUUUGACACUCGGUAUAUUUGAGCCAUCUUUUGUUACUAAAAACAAAGAUUUGGUGACUAAAUGGUCUCCUCAGAUUGCAUUAGUGUUGAGUGGAGUUUCCUCAUUUUAUUUUAUAUUUUUUUUGUUCCUUUUUUAAUAUAAUAAUUUUGUCUUAAGCAUUCUUUUUUUUUCCUAAAACUUGUUCAUUAGGCUUGUUUUGAUGUGAUUUUUAGUUGCAGUUUUAAUAAAGUUAUUUGCAUUGA